UGCCGGCCUGGGGGGGCGGCCUCGGCGAUGGCGGCUGGGCGGCGGGAGCGCUGUCUCUAACCCGCAGAGCCGCGCCGCUGGAGGAUGGCCUCGCUCGGACCGGCAGCUACGGGCGAGCAGGUCCCGGGGGCUGAGGCGGAGCCGGGCGCCGCGGGACCGCCGCCGCCACCGCCGCCGCCGCCGCCGUCCUCUCUGGGGCCCCUGCUCCCCCUGCAGCGGGAGCCGCUGUACAACUGGCAGGCGACCAAGGCGUCGCUGAAGGAGCGCUUCGCGUUCCUCUUCAACUCGGAGCUGCUGAGCGAUGUGCGCUUCGUGCUGGGAAAGGGCCGCGGCGCCGCCGCCGCUGGGGGGCCGCAGCGCAUCCCCGCCCACCGCUUCGUGCUGGCUGCCGGCAGCGCCGUCUUCGACGCCAUGUUCAACGGCGGCAUGGCCACCACGUCGGCCGAGAUCGAGCUGCCCGACGUGGAGCCCGCCGCCUUCCUGGCGCUGCUGAGAUUUCUCUAUUCAGAUGAAGUUCAAAUUGGCCCAGAAACAGUCAUGACCACUCUUUAUACUGCUAAGAAAUAUGCAGUCCCAGCCUUGGAAGCACAUUGUGUGGAAUUUCUCACCAAACAUCUGAGGGCAGAUAAUGCCUUUAUGUUACUUACUCAGGCUCGAUUAUUUGAUGAACCUCAGCUUGCUAGUCUUUGUCUAGACACAAUAGACAAAAGCACAAUGGAUGCAAUAAGUGCAGAAGGGUUUACUGAUAUUGAUAUAGACACACUCUGUGCAGUUCUAGAAAGAGACACUCUCAGUAUUAGAGAAAGUCGACUUUUUGGAGCUGUUGUACGGUGGGCAGAAGCGGAAUGUCAAAGACAACAAUUGCCUGUGACUUUUGGAAACAAACAGAAAGUUCUAGGGAAAGCACUGUCCUUGAUCCGGUUCCCGCUGAUGACCAUUGAGGAGUUUGCAGCCGGGCCUGCUCAGUCUGGAAUUCUGUCAGAUCGUGAAGUGGUAAACCUCUUUCUUCAUUUUACUGUCAAUCCUAAGCCCCGAGUUGAAUACAUUGAUCGACCAAGAUGCUGCCUCAGAGGAAAGGAAUGCUGCAUCAAUAGAUUCCAGCAAGUAGAGAGCCGGUGGGGUUACAGUGGAACAAGUGAUCGAAUCAGGUUCACAGUUAAUAGAAGAAUCUCUAUAGUCGGAUUUGGUUUAUAUGGAUCUAUUCAUGGUCCCACGGAUUAUCAAGUGAAUAUACAGAUCAUUGAAUAUGAAAAAAAACAAACCCUGGGACAAAAUGAUACUGGAUUUAGUUGUGAUGGGACUGCUAACACAUUCAGGGUCAUGUUCAAAGAACCCAUAGAGAUCCUACCCAACGUGUGCUACACAGCAUGCGCAACACUCAAAGGUCCAGAUUCCCACUAUGGCACAAAAGGACUGAAGAAAGUAGUGCAUGAAACACCUACUGCUAGCAAGACUGUUUUUUUCUUUUUUAGUUCCCCUGGCAAUAAUAAUGGCACUUCAAUAGAAGAUGGACAAAUACCAGAAAUAAUAUUUUAUACAUAAUUCAGCAUUAUAAUACAUACUGGCUAAAUAGCACCAUACAGUCUAGUCUCAAAGGCAUAAAAAACUGGCCACAGAAAAGAGUUUCCGUGUUAUGAAUAUUUAUAACUAAGAUAAGAGACAUUUUAGUUUCUUAGAAAAGAUAGAUAAGUGUUGACUUAAAUCUCUGCAUGAUUUAAAGGGAGAUUUUCCAUUUUCUUAUAACGUUAGGGGAAAAAAGAACCGGUUUAAUUGUUUAAAAAAAACACACAGCUAUUUCAGCUUUAUCUUGCAUAAUUUCAUAGAUUAGCUGACUCAUGAUCUUUCAGCAGUUUUAUAACUGAAAGAUUCUUGUUUUAUAUAGCUGGUUUGUUUUUUUUCCUGUUUUAACUGUUUUGAAGGUUACAUAAGAUGAGGUGGGUCAGUAUUCCUACAGAAUUCCUAUUAACUCAAAUAACUAAUUUCAGAAAACGAAGAAAACUGACCUCAUCUUUGGAGUUUCUAACUAUCUGGUGGUUAGCAUUUGCAGUAUUGCUAGAAACAGGCUUAACAAAUGCCAAAGAAAAUCUUCAGUGCAUUUACAGAAAAGGAUAUUUUAUAAUAGUAUAAUAUGUUCCAUAGUACAGUUUUAAAUGAUAAAUGAAAUUUGUACGAAUUCACAAUGUGAUAUAAACAAAGGAUCUAAAGGUGUACUCCGAGACUGGCUUCUUUAUCACUAAGCUGCACCACUGUACAUGUCUCUCUCUGGGGGGAUGCGGUUGAGAAUUCCCAAGACUGAGAUGAUGGCGGUGGUGCUGAUGGUGGCUGAGUAAACAGAUAUCAGUUCAGCUCUGUGGCGAUAAUCUUACACAGCAAGAACUGGAAUGAAAUACUAACAUCUCUAACAGCUGCUUUGAAACUUUAAAGAUAUCCAACAGAAUCACUCCUGAAAAGUAUACUUCCUGUCACCUACACAGUUCUAUCCAAGAAAUAAAAUGUUUAACAUUCAUGACCUCACUGUCACAGGUACAGCUGCCUAAGGAGGGGAUAGGAAGUAUAUUGGCAGAAUGACAUUUAUACAGUUUUAUAAAGCAAAAUUUUUAUGUAAAAUUUUUUCUUUCCCUUCAAAAUGAUUAUCUCAUUAAAAAUAUAUGUGUGACUGGGCUUCCCUGGUGGCACAGUGGUUGAGAGUCCGCCUGCCAAUGCAGGGGACACGGGUUCGUGCCCCGGUCUGGGAAGAUCCCACAUGCCGCGGAGCGGCUGGGCCCGCAAGCCAUGGCCGCUGAGCCUGCGCGUCCGGAGUCUGUGCUCUGCAGCGGGAGAGGUCACAGCAGUGAGAGGCCCGCGUACCGUAAAUAUAUAUAUAUAUAUAUACAUAUAUAUAUAUAUAUAUGUAUGUAUGUAUGUGUGUGUGUGAUUAAGCUAUAUCAAAUAGUUGUGGAAGAUGUGUAGAAAUCACAAUUCUUUUAAGUUUCAACUUUAAAAAUUUUUUCUAAAUGGUAAUUAGGAUAAAAAAAAUUUCCAUCUAAAGUAGUAUUUAAUAUUUUCAAUAAGGUAGUGAGGUGUGGUGGUGGCAGAGGUCUCAUGUAACUGCAGGUAGUCACACAAGGGACAAGAACCGUUUACUGACAUGGGACAUACCCUGGAAUUUUUUAAAAAUAAAUAUCUAUUGUACUUUUAUUUA